AUGCAUGUCCAUAUGCUGGGCACUGGCCUUGAUGAGUCCCUUACUUGCAAGAGCUACAAAUUGGGAAUAGCAGGCACCUGUCUGUUCAGCUCCACACAAACCUGCAGUGACUCCGAGCCAAACUGCUACUGUGUAAAUCUGGCUUUCAGUGUCAAUAGGGACCUAAACUUCCCUGUGAAAAGCUGCCUGGCAACAAAACUCUGCAACCAGACUGACAUCGGCACCAUCCUCAUCACUGGGUACACCAUCUCCAGAACUUGCUGCAGCACUGACCUGUGUAAUGCAGCCAGUCCCCUUUGCCUCGCUCUGACUGCUGUGUUAAAUGUGCUACCGAAGUGGCAUUAG